GGAAUUUUCCAAGCUGCACUUUUUGCUCUGGAAUAUUGGGAUUGUAUUUACGAUGGGUGACAUUAAUGUUUUUGUUGGCAAUACGACGCUUAUUGACCCAGAAGUAUAUCAGCUUUGGCUAGAUGGUCUGUCAGCUCAAGAAGCCAUGUACGCACGGCAACAUACUGGUAUCUUGCGAAAAACUGGUGCCUCACAGGAAAUGUUAUUACAUGACACAUUAGACUAUUACCGAACUUUCUCAAUGUUAGAAAAAUUGUUGCACAUUCCGCCACAGCUAGCCAAUCAAACGCUAUUACAGAUACCACCUGAGGCACAGAAGAUGCUUAUAGAAAAGUACUAUGAAUUUGAUUUCCAAGUUGUUAGAGAGAUGCUUGGUAAAAAGCUAUCAAGUAAAAACAGAAAGGAUUUAGACGAUAUUAGUGACAAGACUAAUGUUAGACUUAGAAGUUGUAGAAGACAGUUUGAUAAUUUCAAGAGGGUGUUCAAGAUGGUUGAAGACAUGGAAGGACCAAUUGUUAGAAACAUACAGAGUCAUUACCUGGUGUCUGAUGAGCUAGGAAAGCAAUACGCAGCAAUAGUAUUUUUUGCAAAUAACCGUUUUGAUACGGGUAAGAAAAGAUUGCAGUAUCUGAUUGUUCCAGAUUUUACUUAUUGUGCAGAUGAGAUGAUUAAAAAUUGGACUUCUGGAUCAUUUGGUUCCAAAGCUGAUAUUGAUGCCGACCUGGACCGUGAUUUUCUUCAAGAACUUCGAGAUCUGAAAAUGCUGCUUGAUAAGGAUACAAGUGACCAGCACAAAACUUUGGUAUGUUCAGAACUUCAAACCAGUGUGUCACCGAGAGUCAGUGCAGACAUGGAAUCAAAUUUCAAAAGUUUAUCCCGUGCUUUAGUGAACAUAGCAGCUGGCAUGAUACACAGUAAAGAACGGAGAGAUUUCUUCAAUGAUGUUGUUGAAAAGUUUAUUGAUCCAUGUAGACAAGCUGGGUGGAAGUAUGAAGACAUCAAGAAUUUUUUGGCACAAUAUGAAUUAGCAUGUCAAAAAUUUGAAGCAUUUCAAAGGCAACCUCGAUUAAUAUCAGUAUUAGAACGAUACAUGAAGACUUUUACAAAUUGUACACUGAAAAUGUACCAUAGUUGAUAUCACUUAAUGUCCAGCGAUGAAACAGACAAGACAUUUUGCAAUCCAGUGAUGUAUUCAUUGUCCAUAGUGGGUUUUGCAAAGAACAGUAGAACAAGAUUGCGGCUAUCAUGAAAGUUCGGCUGGAUAUUGACAAUGACUGUCAUUAUUGGAGAGUGAACUGUGUAUAUAUAUAUAUAUAUAUAUAUAUCUAUAUAUAUAUAUAUAUCUAUAUAUAUAUAUAUAUAGAUAUGCCGAGAGGCAUGCAAUAAAACCAGUACAGUGAAUUUAUGCUCUCAUGUGAGGAGAUUCUAUUUAAUGCUUGUAGCCAAUGACAAAAUUAUAUCUGCCAGUCUGCUGAUAUUGCUCCAUGGAAUUGCAAAUCCUGCAAAUUGGAAAUCGCUACAGUUGUAUUCUUAUGCAGAGCAUAUGUAAAUUGAUGAUUCAACCCAGAACACAUCCAAUAGGUAGAUUAUUCUAAAGCACAUUAGUCUCGACCCAGUUUUAUUAAAAUCUGUUGAGUAGGAAUGGAGCUGAAAAAUUCAAAAUUUCAAAAACUAAUAUGCGCAAACUAAUAUAAGAUAUGCGCAUUAUGGUUCAUUGAGAACUGAUGAGUGGUGCUUUUGGACAUUUGAAAAGUCAACUGAGGGAUUAUGAUUAAAUGUAAAUAUUAAAUAAAAAAUUUAAUAAAA